UCAAAACAAACAUUUUUACCUAAAAAAUAACAUUAUUUCGCUAUCCCAAACUUAACUUUAGCUACCUAGUCUAGAUCUAAAUCUAGAUUUAGGUUAAGAAUCUAUUGUUUUUUCUUCUUCCUUUUUUAGAACUUACUCUAGAUCUAUAUUCGAAGGCAGAUCUAGAUUAAGGAUGAAUAAUGGUUUCUGAAGUUGACGUUUACACAUGGAUUGCAGAAUAUGCAUGCAGACACAGAGUUGCUGAUCUCUUAUCUUGGGUGUUUGAUGAGAGUAAUAGAGAUGCUGUGUCACUGAAAGAGAUAUCUGAUAUAUGCCUCAUACAAGCUUUGAUUUGGCUAGCGGUUGUGAAAGAUAAGAAAGAUAACUAUAAAGCAGCAGUUACUGCCCUUGACACACUAGUAGACAAAGCAGCUGAUGCUCAUUGCUUAGAGUAUUUUAUCAGACUCUCUCUGGGACUCCGCUUUAAAGAUGUUGUUCACAGUUUAACAGAGGAUGUUCAGCUUAAACUGAGAGAACACUUUCCAGGGGGAACCUUUCAAAUAAAAUCACAGUAUCUCAAAAAUGUUUUUACUGAAAAUGAGAGCUUUGAUGACUUCAGUAAGACUGUCCUUGUUUUUGUGGACUAUUUUACACACAUCACCCCAUCUGCAAUCAAAGAACUGUUAGAAAAUUAUCAUGCACCACAGUCGAUGUUUGGCACCCAACUCACAGAAAGCUUAAAGCAAUUAACUAAAUACUUAUUUGACUGUUUGUUGAGUAGGCAUCCAUUAACUAAACUGGAAAAUCUGGUCAAACAAGGUGUCAGGAAACAGCUGAGAGGUAGACCAAACACUUGGAGCAAACUGUUGGUGGAGAAACUUUCAGGUGUUAGCGAGCUGAGUGACGAACAUGUCAGGAGCUUGUUCCUGGGCAUGCAGUUGAAGAAACACAUAGCUAGCUGUAAGGACUCGGGUGGGCCCAGUAAAGAGUUGCAGUUAUAUGAGGCUAUAGUGCCUUCUUCAGUAGAACAUGAGAAUGAUACACAGAGACACAGAAGAGAUGAGAAUGUCUGUCCUGAAGUGCUAGAUGUUCCAGACCUGCGGAAACAUGUGAAGGCCAGCGGUUUGCCCGGAUGUGUUGUUAAGUUAAAUAGGGUGCAAGUACCUAGUCAAAAUCAGCAACUUGCAAGACAGACCCAUCAAAAGAGUAAGAAGAGAAGUAAACUGGUUGAUUUUAAAACCGAUGAUUACAAGAAAUAUUCAAAGAAAUUUUGUUUGAGAAACUGUCAAGUGUUUUUAAAAAAACUUCCAAAGAUCUGCAACCAGAAAUAAAACGGAAUGGUUUUAGAACGGAAGUGUGCAAUAGCCUCAUGUGCCUUUUAAAUGUGCUUUAACAUCUUAUGAUAUUAACAUACGGGUAAUUUGUGAUAAGUGCAACAUGUUGCUUGGUUUGUGUUGAAAAUGUUUUAAAAUUCUUAAAAAUGUUUGUUUUAAAAUGAUUAAUUGAAAAUGUUUGUUUUAAAAUGUUUUUUUAAUUUGUUACAUUGUAUUAUAGAUAUUAAAAAUAGUUAUAACAAAACUGUUUCCAGAACAUUCUUUACCUUCAAAAAUCCAACUAUGAAGACAAAUAUUGCUACAUUACUUUAAAUACUGAGCAGAUUGAAA